AAUAAUAAAGUUGUUUUAAAUUCUGUAGUUGGAAACGAAUAGGACCCGUAUAAUGGUAAUAGGUAUAUACGCUGUUGCAUAUAAUAUAUACCUGUAUAUAUAGUUUAAAAAAGUUAAUAAAACGUAAAAAUAACGAUGGCGCCGAACAAAGAAAGCAUCUCCACUGUGCAUACACCCGAAACACGUUACCCAGCUCAUACCAUGGUAGGAAUGCAACCAGUGACAUUUAGUUGAGGGGGCUAAAAUUUAAGCAGCAGUACAGACAUUGAUAGUUGAUAUUUUAAACUAAAAUAUGAUUAAAAAACUGGGACCAGGGGUACGGAUAAAACUGUGUGGUCUUAGCCACCCCAAAGUCCCCCCUAAAUGCACCUAUACCUCUACCCCCGAUCAGCAAUCUCAGGAGAAAAAUAAACCCAUUGAAAACUCAGUGAAAUCGUUCCACAUUAUUUUACUGCAGAGAUAUAUGGGGUAUCUACACAUAUUUAUGAAAUUGUUAAAUUAUUGUACUUUUGUGCGUAGGCGACGGUGGUUGUGGUGGAUGCGGAAAGGGUUGUUGAAUGGGAUGAUGACUGCAGGUGGGUGUGAGUCCCGGGAACUCUGGUGGCGGGUGCGUGCGCACCAUAUAGACAGUCAGUGGGUGUUUGGCCGGCGGGUCGGGGGUAGUGAUCGCGCGGGGCAAUGCGGACGAAGGGUGCGGCCUCCCCAACCCGCCAGUCAAGGGUUCGAGCGUUCCCAUAGGAUCGUCCAGGGUUUUUGGGCGACAACGAAGCGAAUAACGCCCGUCUGCCAGAAGCUGUGAUCAGUCCACAGCAACCCAGAAAUCCUCAGUCGACAAACGACUGCCAAGCUGUUUCAUCGUCAAACGGUCCACACCAUCUGUCGAAACUGUGACGACAAAUAACGACUCAAGAAAAACAUUCGAAUCUAGUAGACCAAACCAUAUUAAUCAACUUGGUAAUCUUGCAGGUUGUUCGUAAAUUCAAGAUCCACUUGCAACCUGAUUUUCAACCCUAAUCGAGAGAUAACUAAAUUGUGCGUUUGGUCCUUGCAGUAUAUUAUAUCGUGAAGUUGGUCAGCGACUCAACUAAUUCAUUAUUAGAUUUUCUCUGCUGUAGCACGCAUUUCCGACACUUGCAGUCAUCCAAAAUGAACUUUCCGAAAAGAAACAAAGUGAACUACAAACGGUUUCCAUACAAAAUUAUAUGUCUGAUGCUCUUCCUGGCAAUAGUUAUGAUGAAGAUCGUGUCAUAUACAUGCCAAGAUUUAGCAGGCAGCAUUAGCAACAACGGCGUCUCCAAAACAGUCUUCUCGAUACCCGUAGAUAAUUUAUGGCCGUGCGGUGGAAAACCAAAUUGCUAUUACCAAUACAAUUCGAAAAACUGCACUAAAAUGACUCAGUUGAGCAUAAGAUUAAGCUUAACUGGCUUGGGUGGAUUAAAACCGCCGCCAUUGAUCGUCACUUUAAGUACAGUGAUGAAGAAAAACCGACGUCGAUUAUUUAAGGACCCUUACAACGUUAUGGACCAAAACAAACCAUUGGAGUUGAUAUUAUGUGAUAAGCGCUUGGAUAUGCUACAAUGGGUAAGAUGUUAUUUUUCCCUAUACUCUCAUAUGGCAAACUUAACGGUUUUAUAAUGUAUAAUGUAAGAAUAACUUUACCUAUACUAAGAUAUCCAAGGAAAUUUUAAUUUAAGACUUAUAUAAUCUCGUGAUCAGUGUGCAUUCCGACACGCGAGGAACAGUGAAGCGUUGUUCGAUGACGAUUACAAUCAUUAUUAUACUAAUUGUCACGAAUACGAGUUAAACACAUUAAGUUUAAUACCUACUAUUAUGUUUUUCAUACACAUAAUUAGUGAUUCAUUCAAAAAUGUCUAAUGGCUAUAUAUAAAAUGCAUGCUUAAUAAAUUACUAAUUUUAUUUCCUGCGCUUGAUUUAGGUGAUCUAAUCGAUAUUCAAGCAUUUUAGCGUCGGGACGCACGAUUUUCUUUUAAUAAUUAUUAUAUAUUAUAUAUCAUCGAUUUUCUUUUAAUAAUUACUGUAUAUUAUUAUUAUUUUAAUAUCGUCGACUUAUCGGAAAAAGGCUCCAAAAUAUUGGCGCUUUCUCCGGUACGCUUAAAUACCGUGUGUCGAACUCGACUGCACUACCCACCACGGUACCGUUAUAUUAAUAUAAUAUUGCCGAGAACUUAAAAUGUCGAUUGAUUUUGAUUCCAAGCCGAUACAUUCGAUUUAAAUUUAAACAAUAUAUUGUGUGCAAAAACUGCGCAACGCAAUGCUAUAGUGUUAAUAAAGCACUUUUGACCAGUGUAGCGUGUGAUGAUAUUGAAAACAAUAAUGAGAUAGCGCGUAUCAAACACGAUGAACGUCCAACUUGUGUAUAAUAUUCACGAUUAAUCGUGGCAUGAUAUGACCUAUGUACAACUACUACUCGUCAAGUCUAUUAGCUCUUCAAGUCGAGUAAAUCGUCGAAAGAUUCUAUUCACGCGCAAGACUGUCGACACGCCUUUAUGACUACCUUGACUUUAAGUAUUAAAGUUUACGAAUGGUUAACUCCGAACACACGUUGGUGGCGGUGUCUUGUUCGUUGGUUGUAUGCAUAAUAUUAUAGGGCACCCGCCAAAUACGUGACCUUUUAUCAUUGAUGGUUUUUCACCAGGCUAAACUACGAACUACCGCGUAGCAUGUACUUGAACACAUUUACACCGUUGAGAAAUAUAAAUAAUUGUAUUAUUGUUCACAUGUAAAUUAAUUUACUUCUAUGUACCAAUGUCAGAGCGAUUCCGUUCGCUUUAUGUGGACGAUAAACUAUAAUAUAAUAUCUCAUGAUGUUCUAUUUAUGUCUAUUCAAUACAAAGUAGGACGACAAAGACCUUGAAAAAAAAUCCAACAAAAGUUCAUAACAUUUAAGGAUUUUUUUCUCCAGUCAAAACAAUAACGUCUUCCUGAUAUUUCUUCGGUGUAACCCAUAGUAACGGGUGAAAUGUUUUUUUCAAAAAAAAUGUUUGUCAACGAAAAGUCUGGGCCGUUUUUAUUACAACAGAACACGGUCAACCGAUCCGGACAGUAAGUCCUGUGGAUCGUCGUCCAGUGGUAUUUUAUGUGUUUAUUUUUUUGCAAUUGUCGCCUUUGCGCUGCUGACACCAACUACCACGGCUACAACAGGAAGACCGGAAACGCCACUAUUUAGGGGUCUAAUUAGACGUCGAAACGCGUCUGGCUGGUUGUAAUGCCUUGAGCCAAAAAGUACCAUGAUCAGAGUUCGGGGACAUCUUUUUAAGUUCUAAUGUAUAUUGUACCAGUCCUAAAAACCAUUGCACAUAAUGGCUGAUACUUGGAUACAUUUUUCUUCAUUUGAAAAUCUUCUUAAUAAAACUUUUAAUAAAGAUAAGAAAUUUAAAAUCAUAAAUACAAGAAAUUACAGCGUACUAUGUAUUAGACUUGAAAUACCAUACUUCUAUGGAAGUAUAUUAAAUUUGUCAUUUGAAAAAUUAAAAAUUAAAUUAUUGAAUAUGCGGCUAAUUACAACAAGUAAUAAGCACCUUACGAAAAAAGUGUGAAUUCUAAUGUAUUAUUGUUUUUAGUUCCAUUUAUUAUUGAUUAAAAUGUCUUGAAUUUUAAUUAAAAUUCAGAACAAUUAAAAAAGCAUGGCUGGGCAAGUUUUUUUUAACCUUUUAAGUUAAGUUAAUAUAGGA